AUGGAAGAGGAGACCCUCUAUAACCAGCCUAUCGUGCUAGACAAUGGGUCUGGAAAUAUCAAGGCCGGGUUUGCCGGAGAGGAAAAACCCAAAGUUUAUCAACCUUCUUUGGUCGGACGCCCAAAGUACCAGAAAAUCAUGGCAGUGGCUCUGGCAGACGAAAGCGUAUCCAAAUACAACAACAUCGAGGCGUACGUGGGGAGCUCGGCACGGCAAAAUCGCGGGCUUCUCCGGCUCAGGUACCCUAUAGAACACGGCAUUGUGAACGACUGGGAAGAUAUGGAGCGUUUGUGGCACUAUACGUUCACCAAAGAGCUCAAAACAGCACCGGAAGAGCAUCCGCUAUUGAUCACAGAGGCGCCCCUCAACCCUAGGGCAAACAGAGACCACAUGUGCCAGAUCAUGUUCGAAACGUUCAACAUUCCUUGCGUGUACGUGUCUGUUCAGGCUGUGCUUUCCAUAUAUGCCCUGGGAAGAACUACCGGAGUGGUGCUUGAUUCUGGCGACGGCGUGAGCCACGUUGUGCCCGUGUACAAUGGGUUUUCGUUGCCUACAGCGAUUAAAAGAAUGGAUAUUGGAGGCAGGGACGUCACAGACCAGCUAGCUUUCCAGAUCAGACAGAUGCUGGGCAUCAACCUACUGUCGAGCUCGGAACUAGACAUUGCCCGCCAAAUCAAGGAGAAAUGCUGCUACGUCUCCAAGGCGCCUCAGCGUGACGAAAAACUAUACUCUGGCGUGACUUACUCACACUUCAUGGGUGGUCUGGCCGCUGCUGCAGCUUCAGGUGCCUCCACUCAAGACGGCAUGGACCUCUUUUCCAGUUACAAGUUGCCCGACGGACACACACUCCAAUUGGGGCUCGAGCAGUUUCGUGCUCCAGAAAUUCUAUUUAAUCCGCAGCUCAUUGGCGACGAGCUGCCUGGCAUCGAUGAAUUGUUGGCGGUUUCAAUCGCCAAAACAGACCUAGACCUUCGUCCCACGCUAUACCAAAACAUCAUCCUUUCAGGCGGCACGACGCUUCUUCGCAACUUCGGUGACCGUCUUCUUCAAGAGCUCAAGGCCAGCCAGUCGAGCCAGAGCAACGCCAGCAUAUGGGCCAACAACAGAAAUGUGGCCAAAGACACGAAAAUGAAAAUCAAGAUCUACGCUCCACCAGAGCGCAAGUACACCACAUGGAUCGGAGGCUCUAUCCUCGCCAGUCUCUCUACGUUCCGCAAAAUGUGGGUCACUCAAGAGGAGUACGCAGAGGACCCCGACUGCGUUCACAGAAAAUGCAUGUAA